CAGAAGGACGCAAUCUACUGGAGAGUGUCGAAUACAGGAGGCCACUGGACCAAAGGGUCUUGGAAAAUGGGUCGCAGACAACGCUUCGUAAAGUUAACAAACUUCCCUGAUGCCGAAUUCCGACUCCUCAAAACAACCGAGGGAAACUGGGCGGUACACAAAAGCACGAUGAGCGAGCAACAACAAAAAUUUGAUGUCAAGUUUACUGGUUUCAUACAGUGUGGUGACGAAGAGUGCAAAGAACAAGAAGAGUACGUUCACAAGGCCGAACGAGAAAACAAUGAAGACGCGAAUCAAUGCAAGCUACUAUGUGAAGUGAACGGAAAUAGUUUCAGUGGACGGUACUACAGAUUGUUGAAGUCGAAUUGUUUAGUGCUUCAGCAGGAGUUGUUCAAGGAGUGGCACGAUGACAGACUUGUUCCUUGGUUGCAAUUCGUUCCCACUGGCCUCAGCAUGGAUGAGCUGCCUGAGACUACACGCCAUCUUCUGGACGAUUCUGAGGGGAAGGUAGUUGGUGCAUCGGUAGCAGAUGCAGGCCGGUGUUGGUCGAGACGGGUGUUGAGGGAGGUUGAUGCCACAGCUGCAUACUACCGAAUUUUUCUUGAGCACGCUAGGCUGUUAGAUGAUGAUCAAGAC